UAUUUUAGGUGUAAGAUUUGGUGGAGGCAGUGGAUAAGCGCAAACAGGUGGACGUAAUCUAUUGAUUUUGAGAAGGCGUUCGAUAGGGUGCAACACAAGAAGGUGAUGGAGAUAGUUUGAUAGUCUGAUAGAGGACAGUAGGGUGGUGAAUUGGACAGGGAACUUCCUGAGGGAUAGGAGCGUUAUGGGGCCCCUGCUGUUCCUAAUAUUGAUAAACGAUGUUGGGGAGGAAUUGGAUAGCAAACUGAGACUGUUCGUUGACUGCAUGAUCUAUGAAUCUGGGGGUAGCGGCACACCUGAAGACUUGAAGAAGCUUGACGUUUGGUCAAGGGCAAAUUAAAUGGGAAUAAAUUUAAACAAAACGGUGGUCAUAUUCACAAGGAAAAGAAAGGUCGCUAAGCAAAUACAUAGUUGGAAAGGGCAUGAGAUUCAAGAAGUAGGUGAAUAAAAGUACCUGGGAGGAACCCUUCAGAGUGUCUCAGGUUGGGGUAAGCAGGUGAAGCGGGUGGUAAAGAAGGGGAGGAGAGGGCUGGGUUUGAUUGCCGGGACACUGAAGGGGACAGGACAGAGAGUAAAUGAGAAGGCGUAUUUAAUGUUGGUGAGGUCAAUGCUUGAAUAUGCAGCGGCAAUUUGGGACCCAUACCUAGGGAUAGAAAAUAAUUAUCUGGAAAUGGUGGAAUGUUGAGCGGCUAGAUGGCGAUGAGUAUAUGGUGGAUGAGGAGGGAAGGUGCGAAUGGUGAAACGCAUAGGCCAUCUGUGAUGAUGGAGCUGUGGUGGGACACACUACACAGAAGGAGAAAAGUAGAGAGAGUGGUGAAGUUUUUUAGGGUUACAAGGAGCGAAGGGUGCUGGGGAGAUGCAAGGAGACAGGUUGAACAAAGGGGUGUAUAGAGGGAGGAGGGAUCAUGGGUGGAAGAUUCAGAGAGAGUGGAGAAGAACAGAAAGAGGAAGGCAAGUAUUCCUGGUGAGAUCAGGGCGGCAGUGGAAAAGUAUUAAGGGAAAGAUACUGGAUGUGAGAAGAGGAAAUGACUUGAGGAACAGGCUUCAGAAAUUGGGUCAGUCAUCAGCCAGUCUCGUGAUGAUAUCCCCGCACAGUGACUUGUCUGCUUUGGAAGCGAGUGUCAAGAAAGGCUGGAACUCUGAAACAUGGCCCAAUCAUUUGGCAAAUCAGUCGCAAGAGAGUAACAGCUCACGCAGACGUGAAAGCCACUUGGGGAAGAACGACUACGGCAUCAGACCUGUUCGCUUGAGGUCGUUGGUUCCAGAACUGUUUGAUAUGCCUUCAGACAAUGAGGAAGCAGGUGAGUCAAACAAGUCUGGCAUGGAGCACGACUGGUCCACCAAUCUUGCCACGUCGUUGUCGACAACCAGCAGUGACGAGGAUGUCAUGGAGGGGAGUUUGGAAGAUGGUUACGUUGGCAAUGCGAGAAGCACAAAUCUUUACGUUCUCCCAGAAGAGGUGAAUCAAACCCAGAGUGUAGUCCGGCUGCCAGGCAGUAGAACAAGUAACUCGCUGGCAUCUGAUAGUUGGAAUGUGACUCCUAAAACAGUGUUCAACAAACCAGUGUGUCAGUCGUCGAAAAGAUCUCAUUUCGCAGAAGAGUUACAGAAGUUAGACACGCGGCAGGAAAGCGAGUCUCUUCGGUCUGUCAGUGCUGAUAGUGUACCCCGUAGUGAUGAGAUGAAUAGUUCAGAGAAACCUCCUUUUUUUAAACAACCUAAACCAAAGCGCGAUGUUUUUGUAAAUAGUGGCGUUCAGAACAGACCAAAUCUUAAAGACAUCGGCUCCAGUCCUUUCGUGAACUCGGCACGAUUCCAGUCGGACCAGAAUGGUGCGUUCCACACCAGCGCCAACAAAGAAAAUAUAUAUCCUCAUUUUGGAAUAGAAGUUUCAGAUGACCGUAGUAAAAACACAAAAAAUACACCAAAUAAUUAUUUUAAUGAUAAAAUUAUUUCUUCUAAAAAUGGACUGGGAUUACACUAUGAAAAAAAAUUGUCUGCACGCAGAGUGCCAUUAGGACAAAACGGUGAAAGAAUUUUUGACAUUCAUCCUCGAGGCCACGAACUGUCAUCUUCAAGAGAAGAAUUGGCGAGUGAUGUUGAUGAAAAAUGGAUGGACAUGCAUCUCUGCAAAAGAUGUUUGCGGAAAGGUGGACUGGCAGAAAAAGGAAUUCAGUGCACAUCCGAGAAGCUAGGCGAAGGAGCGAGAAGUGAAUCACGGGAUAAAGCAGUGCAGUGUGAGUUUGAGACUGCCGACAAAGGCGUGACUGCUGAUCGGAGGCCGAAGAGUGAAGAGAAGGCGGCCCACACGCUAGUCGUCAAGGGCAAGCGCUACAACGUGCUGAGCAAGUUGGGCUCCGGGGGAUCGAGCGUGGUGUACCAGGUCCUGGAUCCCAUUUCUUCGUCGUUCUUCGCUGUGAAGUGUGUGCGUCUCCCUGUGGAGCAGGAGGCCACCACCAGGGGCUAUAUUAACGAGAUCAAACUGCUGCAGCAGCUGCAGGAUAACGACUGUGUUAUCACUCUCCAUGACUUUGAACUUGUAUCUGAACAAGAAGUCUUGUACGUUGUGAUGGAGAAGGGAGACACAGAUCUGUCGAAACUGAUUCGAGAGUGUUCAAAAAAAAGGAAAAAAUUAUCCGUUCCAAUGAUAGUAUAUUAUUGGACCGAAAUGCUAAAUGCUGUCAAAUGCAUUCAUGAUCACGGCAUCGUCCAUUCGGAUCUAAAACCAGCCAAUUUUCUUUUGGUGUGUGGACGGCUGAAGUUGAUAGACUUUGGGAUAGCUUCGUCCGUGCAGAGUGACAUGACGAGCGUUCUGAAGGACUCGUUCACAGGAACGCUCACCUACAUGAGUCCUGAGUCGAUGAUCUGCAGCAGCGGCAGUCAGGGCAGCAAGAAGUACAAGGUGAGCUACAGAUCUGACGUGUGGUCCCUGGGCUGCAUCUUGUACAGCUUCAUCUACGGAAGAACUCCGUUCCAGCACAUUGAGCAAAUGCACAUGAAGAUCGCAGCCAUCAUGAACCCGGAGACCCGGAUAAGCUUCCCCGCGGACGAGAGAAUCCCGCGGGUACUGAUGGAGACGCUGAAGCGCUGCCUGGUCUACGACUCCAAGAAGAGGCCGACGAUAGCAGAGCUGCUGGCCGUGCCGUACAUUUCCGACGGCGCACCGACAGGCUGAUCGGCUGGGACACGUGCUGGGGCAGCUUGCCUGGGUGAGUCUAUCCCUGGAGCGGAACAGCAGCUGUGCCGUGGAGCUUGAAAGUUGGCACUUCUGAUUGCUUCCGCAACGCCAUUCCUGCCUCAAGUACAUUAAUAAUUUCCACAGUGAAAUUAUGGCCCAGCAAACUCAUUUUAAUUUCAUGUGUUUAUACUAAAUCUAUUGUUGAGUUGUCUGUAAACUAAAUUAACUUAUUAUCAAGAUUUGAAUUGUAUUUUUUUUUUUCACUUGGUAGCUGUAGGCCUACAUUUGCUGUGUAGUGUUUUUUUAUGAUAUUUUAUUCUGUAACAUAUUAUUGCUAUUGCCUAAUUUUUUUUUUACAUUUAAUGUGAAUUCAUAAUCUUACAUAAGUAAAAUAAGAAUAUAGCUUUUUCAUUUUUAAUAUUCCAAAGCUUGUGUAAAUAAGUACUGCUUGUAUCUUUGUGAAUAUUCUCAGAGUGAAUACCUAGAUCUGCGAGGGUAUAGAAACAUGUAUUUUACAUUUUAAUAAAGGGUUUUUUGUGCAUAAACUAGCUAUUGAAUAUCAGACAUUUUGACUUUUAUAUUUCAAUAAAAAAAUUUUUUUAAAAAUCCUGUGAAACAUUUCAGAAGUUAAAUGGAUGUUUUUUUUUCUUUAAAUUUUACUGCUUAUAAUUUUUGUAAAUAGAAAAAAAAAAUUAGCAUGUGUGUAGUGCAUUGAAGUAGGUAUGCAUACUGAAGGGAAAAAAAAUGAUUGGUAAUAUAAUAUGUAAAUAAAAGUAACUUUGUGCUAAGUUCAUUUUCAGUGGCUUCUUGCAGCACACGGAGUCAGUCCUCGGGGCCCUACAGUUGCGACGUAGCAUUGGUGAAUAGUGACCACGGAAAGAAUAUCAGCACUUGUUGAAGAUUCAAACCUAAAAACAAAUGAUAAACUUUUUUGUACUUCUAAGCCCAGCCAUGUAGCACUGCUCUGCAGAGACAAUGCCUCUCUAACUGGGACAGAGCUACAUGGAAAUGAAAAUUGCCGUAAGCAAUCAUGGGCUUUUGAGUCUGUAAUUCAUAAAAUGUUAAAUUCAUUGUGUUAUGAUUGGCAAUCCUUUCAAUGUUUAUUAAGUACUCUUGUUAAUGUCGAUGACAAUAAUGCUCCAGACAUACAGUUGACUCAGAAUUAUACUCAUCCCCAUGUGUCUGCCUGCAAGAUUGUUCUUUGUGUGGCUAAACAAACAAUUUAGAAUAAAAUAACUUUUUUUUUUAAGUUUAUUUAAAUGUACAUAUUUGCUGCUGGCAAAACAUUAAUAUUUUAAGUUUUGGUCUUGUUCUCACCUUUCCAGCAGUCCAGUAUUUUUAUUGCUAUGCUCCAGAUCUCAGAACAAAGGGUAAAUCCUAUUUAAAAGACAGUACCCAGUUAUGAUGGUACAUAGUUAGAAAUCUGCUUUAGACUGUGGUUUACAAAGUUUUGCAUUUAUGAAAAAAACACUUCCUUUGCAUGAUGCUCUUAGGAAGAGAUCUGUGGAACUGGCAGGGGCAGGGGAGGAGGAGCAGGCUUAGGAACAUGGAAGGAGGGGUUUGUAUGUGCCAUACAAGAGAAGCCUACUAGGUUGUGUAUAAAUAGCCUGUAAAAACUUCUGGCUAUCCAAAAUGUGUUUGUGGAGUCCACACAUGACACAAGUGAAACUUUUUGCCUAUUACCUAGUUAUAGAUAGAGAUAAGUUACUAAUAUUUUUAAAUAUAACGAGAGAUAAUAAUUGAGAAUAGUAAGAACGUGAAUAUGAUCUCAAAAGAAAUAUAACUCUGGUUAUAAAGUUAAAAUUUGAAGGAAAUCGGCUGUGAAUUUUUUUGAAGCACUUUGUGCUGCAUUUCUCUUGGUGAGCACUGUACUGCAUGUGUCACAGUGGACAUCCCCUCCCCCUGACUAAUUCUCCCCACCGUCAUACCUCAGAAAACGGUUCCGUGGCACGCGACAAUUUUUACCACCGCACGCUCGCCAGCCAACCAUUUUGCCUUAUUUUGGAUCUCUCGUGGUUUUGAAAUUUGUUUUUCAAUGAUAUAUUAUUUUUUUACUGUGAUUUGGUUGUUUUUUAGGCUUGAUUUUUUAAAAAUAAUAUACUGACAUUUGAUUUGUGUAUAAUGAGGCGGAAGUAGGGCUGUGCGGAAUCUCUUAUUUUUGGGUUAAUCAAUAAGAAACAGACACAACUCAAAAACAAAACAACUGAGCGUUAAUAAAGGUUCUGGAUACAAGAGUAAUUUGCAGUGAAUUGUUAAAAGUACUAGACUCAACUACAGUUCAGGUGGCCACUGUUAACCACCAAAAUGGAACAAAGACUAAAGUUUAAAAGGUAAUCCUAAGCUAAUUUUGUCAGAAUUCCACAAAUAGAACUAUUUUAAGUGAAUUUAAUCGGAAUUUUGUUGUAUUAUGAAGUUAGUGAAAUUUUCCUAUUUCUACCAAUCACUGUUGCACUUAGAAAUUCUUUUCUUUGCUUUUCUAAUGACAGUACAAUAUGGUUGUAGUGCAACUAAACAACUUCUUAAUAGCAUUUGACAAUACAGUAAACUCUUGAUUAUCUGUAGUGAUGGGUCGAGACUCGAAAAAUCGAGCGAGUCAAGUCGGCAAAACUAAACUCAACUCGAAAACCGAGUUGAUUAAGAUCGUGUCCUCGAGUCUCGUCAAAGUUUAGUUUUUGGCUCGACCAUAAUGUGGCACAAUUUCCAAUCGUGAAGGUACUUAUCCGAAAGCAUGCACUUUAAAAUAAAAUGUAUUAUUUAGGCCUACCUAGUGGAAAACCUCUGAUCCAACAUUGAAAACCUUGGAAAAAAAAAAAAAAA